AUGGCAGCAAAUAUGAAACGCACAUUAAAUCUCUUAUACUCCGGUGCUAAAAAUUUAAUGAAUAACAAUGCAGUGGAAAAGAUGGAUGCCACCCCUAAUGUUCAGGCAAAGACCAGCAGUCACAGCACCCUCCACCAGAUGAGAUUGGCAGCCAAACCAGAGGCCACUACCUCGUGCAUUACGUGCCGAACUGUAACGUCUCUUAUACGGCCACCUUGUAACUACUGUGAAUGCGAGCUUUGCGACUCGUGUGCAAGAGUCUGUCAUUUCUGCGGAGGAAGCUUCUGCCAAAAAUGCUCUCUUACUGUGUAUCUUCAAGAUGAAAAAACUGUAUGUUUAAGUUGCUGUUAAAUAUUAACAUUUCCUUUUAAAAAACUGUGUACAGUGGUACCUCGAGUUCUGAACAGCUCCCUCCCAACUCGAACAAUUGUGUAAGUGUAUUUUUGUAAGUGCUUUUGUAAGUGUAUUUUUGGGGCUCUGAAACGGACUAAUCUAAUUUACAUUAUUCCUUAUGGGAACAAAUUCGUUUGAUAUCAGCACUCGAACAGCCUUCUGGAACGAAUUAAGUUUGUAACUCGAGGUACCACUGUAUUUAGGUAAAAAAUCUAAGGCAUUACAGUACAGUGUACUGUAAUGCCUUUUUAAUAAUUUGUACCUGGUUUUACCUUGAUUAGGCUGUACAGUAAUAUGUACCUGAACUAGUAAAUGAUUAUCUGAUAAAUUAGAAAAAGAUGUCUUUUUGUUUUAUUCUUAUAUAAGCUGUAGAAAGGUUGCUUAGUACUAAAUUCCAAGCCAUUUAAGAUUGUAUGGAUAAUAUUGUAAAAAAAAAUUUGAUUUACAGUAUAUUUGAAUGCUGAAUGUACAGCACUGUCUACUGUAUAUAUAAUACUGUGUGACUGACAUUUUGUAAUAUUGCAUAUACAGUGGGAAGCUAAUAUGGUUACAAAUAGAUAAAAAAUUAUUACAGUAUGUAAUCCUUCCAUUUUUAUUUUUAACAUUCUUGCAACAGUUUGUGAGUGUUAAGACCUUUAUAGUGUUUGUAGUACAUGCUAAAAAUUACCCUAAUUAGCGAUAAAUAAUUUCUGUAUAGUAUUGCUAUUUUUCAAGUGACAAUUGACAGUUCUUGCUGAUAAUGACAUUGUACCUCAGUGAUGAGGGAAGCUGCACUUUAGGGACUGCUGCAAGAGUAAAACUUUUAAAGUUGUUAAUAUAUUUUGAUGGUGAAAGAGUUUCUUUUUCGGGUCACUCUGCCUCAGUGGGAGACGGCCAGUGUAUUAAAAAAAAUUCUUAAAUAGUUGAUCUUAUGUUUGUAAUACAAUCUUCCAUAUUUGUGAGUUUAGGUUUUAUACAUCAAUUUGCCAUUAAACUUUAUAAUGUACUGCUUCAUCAGGUCUUGUAAUGCAUUCACAAGUUUACAGGUUGUCCUAUGAUAACUUCAUAAGCUUUUAUUUUGCCAUAUAUGAAAGUGUUGAAUGAUGAAAGUUUUUUUCUUUCUUUUUGGGUCACCCAUCUCGGUGGGAAACAACCAAUGUGUUAAAAAAAAAAUCACACAAAAUACUAGGGAUAUAAAGCAUUUAAAAACAAUCUGAGAAUAGGGGCUAAAAUUAUAUUUGUACACAAGUGCUAAACUCAAAGGAGUCAGUCAGAACACAAGAUAAAAUUCAAAUAUCAUAACAAAUUUGGUUUACAAUCACACCAAAGGUUAAAACAACAGCUGUAACUAAAUGCUGACUUUUCUUGUAUAAAAUCAGACUAAUAAAUGCACUUACGAAAAAGUAUACACAGAACAUUACUCUUCUGAUAACUUAUUCAAUAAAAGGUCAUUAUAUAACAGAUGUAAGUAAUGGACUUAUCCUCCCCUUCCUUGGAUCGAACCUGAAUGAUUCUUAACCCUUAAACAGUCCAACCAGAUUGACGUUCAAAUUCGUAGUGCUACAAAAGUAGAUCUACUUUUUUUUACAUAUUUUCAAAUAUAACAAAAAAAAAAUGUAGAUAAAAGUUUUUUUACACGUUUUCACAUGUAAAACAAAAAAAAAAAGAUUACAUUUUUUUACAUACUUUCAGAUCUUGAAAAAACGUAUAUAUACGUUUGGACCAUUUAAGGGUUAAUCCACAGGCACUAUAUGACUCCCUACGGUUUAUAGUAAGAAUGUGAUGAGGAACACUGCAGCAGGCCUAGUGGCCUUUACUAGGCAAGUCCUUCCACUUGAUAGUGACGUCUAUAUUCAUUACCUUUCAGUAUAUUACAUUCAUGGGAAGUGCUAAACCCAUAAGGGUCAUACAGUACCUGAGGCAUCACGGGUAAUCAGGUCUGAUUGGGGUUUCCAUUGAUCUACAGGAUUUCCAUUAUACUAAUACAUUAUUUUUAUGUCUUUCUUUCUUUCAACACACUGGCCGUAUCCCACCAAGGCAGGGUGGCCUAAAAAGAAAAACAAAAGUUUCUCUUUUGAAAUUAAGUAAUUUAUACGGGAGAAGGGGUUACUAGCCCCUUGCUCCCGGCAUUUUAGUCGCCUCUUACAACACGCAUGGCUUACGGAGGAAGAAUUCUGUUCCACUUCCCCAUGGAGAUAAGAGGAAAUAAACAAGAAUAAGAAGUAGAAAGAAAACAGAAGAAAACCCAGAGGGGUGUGUAUGUAUAUG